CCUCUUUCUUGAAAAAACUUUGGCUAUGGGGGCUUUCCAUGCUUGACGGCAUGGGAAGUAUCCACUACUAACACAUUAAAAGAAUAUCUUUAACCACCCCACAAGUAUUAAAAAGAAAUCUUUAAUCAUAAAUAAGAGUUGCCUGAUGGAAAAUCCCCACUCACUUUCUUCCUAUAUAUACAUAGAAGAACGUGUGCAAAUCAUUUCUUGAGCCAGCCAAGCCUUUGGUAUUUGCACAAACCUUGGCCCUUUCUUUUUAAAAUUUUUCAGAUGUACUAGCAAAAUACUUAAAGUCUUAGCUUGCAAGUUUUUGGACCAAAGGCUCUUGGAAGCAGAUCGAAAAUGAGUUCUCGCUCUCCAAAGAAGAAUGAGAUGAUGAGAAGGGAAGAUAGCAAGUCCAUAGCCAUAAUCUUCAGAUUUGCAGAUUGGGUUGAUAUGUUACUUAUACUUCUGGGCACUAUUGGAGCUAUUGGAGAUGGCUUGUCAACCAACUGCCUACUGGUAUUUGCCAGCCGCUUAAUGAACAGCUUGGGCCAUGGUAAGACCCAGCAAAAUCAAGGGAAUUUCUUGAGUGAAGUUGAAAAGUGCAGUUUAUACUUUGUAUACCUGGGAUUAGCAGUCAUGGUGGUGGCUUUUAUGGAAGGUUAUUGCUGGAGCAAAACCAGCGAGCGACAGGUUCUGAAGAUCCGUUACAAGUAUUUGGAAGCUGUUCUUCGACAAGAAGUUGGGUUUUUCGAUUCACAAGAAGCAACCACUUCAGAGAUCAUCAAUGGUAUAUCAAAAGAUACUUCUCUUAUACAGGAAGUACUUAGUGAAAAGGUGCCUUUAUUUUUGAUGCACGCAUCUGUGUUCUUCUCAGGACUUGCAUUCUCCACUUACUUUUCAUGGAGGCUAUCUGUAGUAGCCUUUCCAACACUACUUCUCUUAAUAAUCCCUGGAAUGAUUUAUGGGAAAUACCUUCUAUACUUGUCCAAGAAAGCUCACAAGGAGUAUGGGAAAGCAAACGCCAUUGUUGAGCAGGCUCUGAGCUCCAUCAAGACUGUUUAUUCAUUCACUGCUGAGAAGAGGAUUACUGAUAGAUAUUCAGCAAUUCUGGAUACGACAUCAAAGCUGGGAAUCAAGCAAGGCAUAGCGAAAGGUCUCGCGGUGGGGAGCACUGGUCUUUCCUUUGCAAUAUGGGCUUUCCUUGCUUGGUAUGGGAGCCACUUGGUUAUGUACAAAGGAGAAAGUGGAGGAAGAAUCUAUGCUGCUGGCAUUUCCUUCAUAUUGGGAGGACUAUCCCUUGGAAUGGCACUUCCUGAUUUGAAGUACUUCACAGAAGCUUCUGUGGCUGCUACACGAAUAUUCCACAGAAUUGACCGAGUUCCAGAAAUUGAUGGUGAAGAUGCAAAAGGACUUGUACUAGACAAAAUACAAGGCGAAAUUGAAUUCCAACAUGUCCAAUUCACAUACCCAUCUCGUCCAGAUUUCACUGUCCUCAAAGACUUCAGCCUCAAAGUUGAAGCAGGAAAAACAGUAGCCCUCGUUGGUGCAAGCGGAAGUGGAAAGUCCACUGCUAUUGCAUUGGUGCAGCGAUUCUAUGAUGCCAAUUGUGGAUUUGUGAGGAUUGAUGGUGCUGAUAUAAGAACACUGAAUCUGAAAUGGAUAAGAGGAAAAAUGGGUCUUGUUAGUCAAGAACAUGCACUAUUCGGGACAUCAAUUAAAGAUAAUAUAAUGUUUGGGAAGCUUGAUGCCACUAUGGAUGAAGUAACAGCUGCAGCUACAGCUGCAAAUGCUCAUAACUUUAUAAGGCAGCUUCCAGAGGGUUAUGAAACAAAGGUUGGAGAACGAGGAGCACUUUUAUCUGGUGGACAAAAGCAGCGAAUUGCCAUUGCUAGAGCCAUCAUCAAGAACCCUGUAAUUCUCUUACUUGAUGAAGCAACGAGUGCUCUUGACUCUGAGUCAGAGUCACUAGUCCAAAAGGCUCUUGAUCAAGCCUCCAUGGGAAGAACCACACUGGUGGUUGCCCACAAGCUCUCUACAAUUCGAAAUGCAGACCUCGUAGCAGUCGUUGACAAUGGACGCAUUAUUGAAAUAGGUUCACAUAAUGAUCUCAUUAACAUAAAAAAUGGCCACUACGCAAAACUAACAAAAUUACAGAGGCAGUUCAGCUGUGAUGACCAAGAAGAAAAUCCUGAUCAAGCACGUUUUUCUUCUGUUUCAAUAAGCAGUCCUGGACAAAUAAGCACAGGAAGAUCAAGUCCAGCUAUUUUUGAUUCACCAUUACCUGUUUUUGACAGCACAAAACCUGUAUCUCAUCCACCACCUUCCUUCUCUCGGCUUGUCUCUCUGAACCUUCCUGAAUGGAAGCAAGGCCUGGUGGGAAGCCUCUCAGCUGUAGUGUUCGGUGCUGUACAACCUGUGUAUGCCUUAACCAUUGGUGGCAUGAUUGCAGCUUUCUUUGCGCCGAGCCACGAGGAAGUGCAUACUCGAAUUCGUACUUAUUCUUUAAUCUUUUGCUCACUUUCCUUGAUUUCCAUCACUGUAAAUCUUGUACAACACUACAAUUUUGCUUAUAUGGGCGAAAGGUUAACCAAGAGAAUCCGAUUGAGAAUGCUAGAGAAGAUCUUGACUUUUGAGGCAGCUUGGUUUGAUGAAGAUCAAAACUCUAGUGGGGCUUUAUGUUCAAGAUUGAGCAAUGAGGCCUCCAUGGUUAAAUCCCUCGUCGCGGACAGAGUUUCUUUGUUAGUUCAAACUACUUCUGCAGUUACCAUAGCAAUGAUCAUGGGGCUAGUAGUGGCAUGGAAGCUUGCACUUGUAAUGAUAGCUGUCCAGCCCCUCACAAUUCUAUGUUACUAUACUAGAAAAGUUUUGCUCUCUAGUAUCACAGCUAAUUUUGUCAAGGCACAAAAUCAUAGUAGUCAAAUCGCAGCAGAAGCAGUCAACAACCAUAGAAUUGUUACUUCAUUUGGAAGUGUGGAAAAGGUACUUCAACUGUUUGAUGAGGCUCAAGAGGAACCAAGGAAGGAGGCAAGGAAAAAAUCAUGGCUAGCAGGAAUUGGUAUGGGAUCUGCUCAAUGUCUAACUUUCACGUCAUGGGCUCUAGAUUUUUGGUUUGGAGGAACUUUAGUGGAAAAGAGAGAGAUAUCAGCUAGCGAUGUGUUUAAAACAUUCUUUAUUCUGGUAAGCACUGGAAAGGUUAUAGCUGAAGCAGGAAGCAUGACUUCUGAUUUAGCCAAAGGUUCCACCGCAGUGGCAUCUGUGUUUCAGAUUCUUGACAGACAAUCUCUAAUACCAGGUUCUUCCCAUGCAGGGGAUGGUGCUAGUGCUGGAACCAAGCUAGAAAAAAUAAGAGGAUGGAUAGAGAUGAAGAAGGUUGAUUUUGCAUAUCCAAGGAGGCCAGAGACCUUAGUAUUGCACCAAUUUUCUUUGGAGGUGAAACCUGGCACAAGCGUUGGACUAGUAGGGAAAAGUGGGUGUGGAAAAUCAACAGUGAUCGGAUUGAUUCAAAGAUUUUAUGAUGUUGAGAAAGGUUCAAUUAAAGUGGAUGGAGAGGACAUAAGGGAACUAGAUGUUCACUGGUACAGGAGGCACACAGCGCUUGUAAGCCAGGAGCCGGUGCUAUAUUCCGGCAGCAUCUGCGACAACAUUGUGUUUGGAAAGCUUGAUGCUUCUGAGAAUGAGGUGGUGGAGGCUGCCAGGGCCGCCAAUGCUCAUGAAUUCAUUUCAUCAUUGAAAGAUGGGUACGAAACAGAGUGUGGGGAAAGAGGAGUACAACUAUCAGGAGGGCAAAAGCAAAGAAUAGCAAUUGCAAGAGCAAUAAUUCGCAACCCAAUGAUACUAUUACUAGACGAGGCAACAAGUGCACUUGAUGUGCAAUCUGAGCAAGUUGUGCAGGAAGCAUUAGACCGAAUCAUGGUGGGAAGAAGCACCAUCGUGGUGGCUCACCGGCUCAACACCAUCAAGAAGGUAGAUUCCAUUGCUUUUGUUGCAGAUGGGAAGGUGGUAGAGCGAGGAACUUACAGUCAGCUAAAGAACAAGAGAGGUGCCUUCUUUAACCUAGCCACGCUUCAGACCUAGAUGUGUGCAUAGAUAUGCUAGCUAUUGUAACCAUCACCAAUAAGUAAUUGUACCAAUGUGUGCAAAUGUCAGGCCAAGGGAGGGCUGGGAAUGCUAAAUUAAUAACUAGAAUUUCAUUGUAAAUAAGAGAAAACCAACUAUAGGCAAGCGGUUCUUGU